AUGCUGCCGAAGAAUAUUUCGAUAAAUUUCAUAUUAUUGCUUUUGAUACAAUUAUUAAUUGAAGUAAAUUGCCAAAGGUUUAAGCCAUCACGACGAUUUCUUCAUACUGCUACAUUUAUUGAUAACAAGUUAUACGUCUUGGGUGGUCGAAAUGAUGAUGGUGACGAACUCGUUGGAAAACAAUUCUUUUAUCUUGAUGUAACUUCUUCGUUUAAUGCAAAAGAAUUAUUAUGGAUUGACAUGACUGGUAAUAAUAUCAUUCCAUCUCAUGAUAGUGCCACAUCUGUUAAAGGCGGUAUAAACAAUAAUACUUUGAUUUUAUUUGGAGGAAUUCCUUACAAUAAUAAACAAUCAAUGGAUUUGGUUUAUAGAUAUGAUACACAAAUUAACUUAUGGCUCUCUCCAAAUAUUACUGAAAAAGUUAUAAUCGGCACAAAUGGAUUAACAGGCAUUUUCAAUAAUGGACAGAUAUAUUUAUUCGGUGGAAAGGCAAGUGAUGAAGUUGUUAAUCAUAUGCCUAUUUUUGAUACAAUAAAUUUGAAAUGGAGAAAAGCAAGUUUAAUUAAUGCACCGACUUCAAGAUUUGUUUAUGGUGCAACUCUUUUACCGGAUCAACGCAUUAUUUAUUUAGGUGGAUAUAAUAACGGCCCUUUACCGUUAAAUGAGGUUUAUUUAUAUGAUACAAUUAAUAAUGCUUGGGCUACAAUGACAACUUCUGGAGCAAUUCCUUCUGAUAGAUAUGGCUUUUCUGUCGUACUUGGAUUGGAUGGACGUAGAAUAAUAAUUUAUGGAGGAUAUCGACUUGGGCCACUUGAUCUACAAGAUUCCCUUUAUGUAUUAGAUUUAACAAAUUUUAAAUGGUACUCUAUAUCAUUUGGAAGGGGUUACUAUGAUGACAAUGAUCUUUUAUUACUUGAUAUUAGUAACAAUGAUGAUUAUAAAUGGAUUGACAUAUCUCCAUCAUCAUCAAAGGCACAACAGUUUAAGAUACCAAUUAUAAUUGGUGCAGUUGUAGGUGGGUUGGUGUUUUCAUUAUUGGGAGGAAUUUUUGUAUAUAAAUGGAAUAAAAAGAAAAAUGAAAAAGUGAUACCAACUCCUGGAGAUGAAGAAAGUAAUAUUAAAGAUCAAGGCCAUGAAAUAGUCUCAACAACUCAAAAAAUGCAUAAUCAUGGACAAGAAAAAAUUUCGCAAAUACCUGAAAAUAAAAAUGAGAAUUUAACAAAUAGAAAGACUUAUAAUCAUGGAAGAGAAGCGAUUUCAAGUACUGAUAAUCAACAGAAUAUUGAUUUGGAGAAUUUUAAAAACGAAAUGCUUCAAGUGGUUAGACAAGAAAUCUUGCAAAAUUUGAAACAAGAUGUAAAAGAAAAAAGUGAACAAGUUUCUAAUCAAAAUGUCCUGGAAAAUUUUAAGUCGGAAAUGCUUCAAGCGGUUAAAGAAGAGAUACAAACUUUAAGGCAGGAAACGGCUCAUAAUAGAGAACAAAAUUCUAACACAAACUUUAAGAGUUAA